CAGAUUUUUGUCGAAAAACGCGAACGCAAGUUUUUCCGAUACGCUGAGCCAACGUAGGAGCAGCAUCAGCACAAGAGCAGCAGUAGCACCAGUAGUCCAGCGAUUAUUUUAUUGAUCCACAGCGACGCCCGUCUGCCGCAAACGUGUGGGAGGAAAAAUCGGGCCCACAAGGUGCGUCUCAAAGGCCGUGUAGCGAAAAAAGAAGUGCAUUGUGUAGUUUAAAAUAAGCCUGGGCGUUUCGCCGAAUCGGGUUCUUUUCUCGAUUCGCUGCUGCUGUCAUCGUCUUCGUCAUUGCCGUGCGUGACUGGGAGGGUGUGUUUGUGCACGAGUGCUAAUAGUGUACGUGCGUAUCGGUCGUGGCCGCAAACGGUAAAACAAUUCCAAGCGCUUUUCCCUACGCGAUCCAGUGCACCGUAAUCUUGGCGUGCGUUUCCGUGUGUUCCGAAAAGAGUGCGCUUGUGUGUGUGUGUGUGUGUGUGGGUCAGUUUCUUCGCCCUUCUUUAACGUCCGUGUAGCAUCCGAGCGGUCACUCGCGGUACGGUACCGACAAUCUGCGUGGCCUUUCUACGCACACAGUGGUAACGGUUUGCGGUCCAGUCACCGGUGGAAGAGGAGUAGGCUGGCCGAGAAUUUCCGUCGUGUCAGCUGAAACGCAGCGCGACAGCCAACGCAGCAACCCCAGGAGUACAAAGACCCGAAAUUGGGUGUUCAUUCCCGACCCGUUCCCAAAGCAUCGGUUUUAUUUUAUUUAUUUUUUUAUGAAAACAGGUCAUUCUCGUACCGUGCGUACCGGAAACCCUGAUACCCCCUGCGGAUAAAGGUUGUUUCCUCUGAGGUGAAAAAGAAAAGUACGACACUCGUCGGUCGUCGAUCGUGUGUGUGCUCCAGUUUCAGUGGAAAGUGUGGUGGUACGUGAUCGUUGUUUUUCCCCUGAGUGGAAAAGCUCCGACCCAGCAACCGUGUACGGGUUUGGUGAAGAAAAGCGUGAGAGUGCGUCUCGUGUGGCCACAGUAGGCCACGGUUGUGUAUGUUGUGUGUGCUAUUGGUGUUGCCCGUUAGUGUGAUCCCAUAAGUGUGUGUGUGUGUGUGGCUGUGCAACAACACCGUUGUUCCAAAGGGGAACGUACAAGAGAGGGAAAGAAAGUAGCGAAGAAAAGCCAACAACCACUUCCCUCCCAAAACCCACCCCCGCGUCACACGAUGUCGUCAUCCGGCGAUUUUGGAAAUCCUCUGCGGAAGUUUAAGCUCGUCUUUCUCGGCGAACAGAGCGUGGGCAAAACAUCGCUAAUCACCAGGUUUAUGUACGACAGCUUCGACAACACAUACCAGGCCACGAUCGGCAUAGACUUCCUCUCGAAAACGAUGUAUCUAGAGGAUCGAACAGUGAGAUUACAGCUGUGGGACACUGCCGGCCAGGAACGGUUCCGGUCGCUGAUACCAUCCUACAUUCGUGAUUCAACCGUAGCGGUAGUGGUGUACGACAUUACAAAUGCGAAUUCAUUUCAUCAAACGUCGAAAUGGAUCGACGACGUGCGAACGGAGCGUGGUAGUGACGUGAUUAUAAUGCUAGUGGGAAACAAAACCGAUCUUUCCGACAAGCGUCAGGUGUCGACGGAAGAAGGCGAGCGAAAAGCGAAAGAACUGAAUGUAAUGUUUAUCGAGACUAGUGCGAAAGCCGGUUAUAACGUUAAGCAGCUUUUCCGAAGAGUCGCCGCCGCCCUGCCAGGCAUGGAUUCGACCGAGAACAAACCACCAGAAGACAUGCACGAGGUUGUGCUGAAAGAUUCACCGAACGAAACAAAAGACCCGGAAGGUGGCUGUGCAUGCUGAAACUGAUCAACUACAGCCACUGUAGCCGACAACAGCAACAGCAACAACAACAACAACUAUUGCAGCAUUAUGAUAACCCCGUUACUACUACUGACUACUAUUAUUACUACCGCAAUUACUACUAUUACGGCUAAUAUAACGACUGCAAGGUCGGCGUUUACUAUUACACUGAUUAUUUCUGCUUUAUUUCGAUGUAAGCCUAGUGGUGACUGGCUGGACUUCUAGAGACAAAUAGAUGGUUGUAAUUCGACGAUGAACUGGACGUGCGCAUUCUGCAUGUCUUGUGUAUGUGGGCAGUUUGUUUUUUUUUUGUUACACCCAUUUUGCGACCUAUUUAUUUGCGGCAGAGCAACAGAAGAACCUGAGACGCGGCAGACGCGAUAAUUAAUUCAAGUUUAGUAGCAUCAAACUAUGUUGUAAGUGAGCCGAUUCACGAAUGUCGCGAUCUAAUAACAAGGUGCUGUGGUUUUUUGAUUGAUUAAUGAACAUUAUUUAACUGCUCUUGCUGGUAAAUUUUUAUUCCAUUUCUAGUUUUUGAUUGUCGGUCCAUUUUGCCCUCGUUUCGUGAUUAUAUAAAUAAAUGGAAUAGCGGUGUUUUUUUUUUCUUUUUUUUGUCGGAUGUUACACUCUAUUUCACGGACGUUCCGAACUUGCGACACUCGCGUACAGAUGAUAUAUGAACCAUUAAAAGCCAGCAAUAUAAUUGUACAUUAAUGUUUCCAAACCUGCAACUUAUAAAAUGUAUUGUUUUUUUUAAUUAUUAUUAUAAUUAUUAUUUUAUUCGCUUCGCACCACAUGUUAACCGCAAUCGAGAACCCAUAACACUCACAAAUAUUCCGGAAAGCUCCCGCAAAAAAAAAUCAAUCAUCCCUCCCUGACAUAUGUAAAGCAAGGACGUAUCCCCAGACACCGAGACACGGACAUUUAUGUGUAAGAUUGUACUGUUAAACGGCUACUCGGCUACAGAAGGACGUACAUACUACCAUGGGGAUACUUACUUUACUCUUACUUAUUAACGUUUUUAAGCCUAAGUUGUUAGAGAAGUAAUAAAUGCGACAAAAAGACUUAAAUUUCAGUCUUCUAAUCUUUUUUUUUUAAUAAUUACAUAUAUUUUACACUUGUUUUUCGACUAUGAAGUUCUAUUCGUACGAAAAUCCCCCAACUAACAUGUACUAAUGCUCCUUAACCUCAACAACAAAAAACCUUUCCGCCACUAACGUUUCCU